UUCAGUUUUGUGUUAAUUUGUGAAGUGAUAAAAAUGACCAUGAUUGAAAAAACAAUAAUAUUCCUGCUGGUGGUAGGGGUGACGUAUGCAGCAUCGAGUGACAAGCCGCUGUACGGUGUUGACCCUAACAUACUUUCAUGUGACCCUAAUGGAAAGGUAUUCCUGCUGCUUCCACACUUCACGAACUGCUCGCGGUACUACCAGUGCGCACACGGCAACGAGGUGGAGAUGUCCUGUGCAGUCGGCACCCAGUUCGACUUCGAGCUACAGGGCUGCAAUUGGCCCCGAUCUACGAUCUGCUGGUUGAGGGUGCAGCCUGAAACCGAGAUCGACGGUUCCGGGGAGGGAGAGUUCGACUACCUGAGCGACAGGGCUGAUAACCCCUUAGACGGCUCCAUAAACAGCCUGACGGCGGACGCAGUACUGGACAGCGUCCGGCCGAUGUCCAUCGAGACACCUCUCAAGAGCGUCCAGUUCGGCUCGCAUAUCAACUGCCAGAGGACUGACACUGCAGCACGCCGCGUCGCUUACAUGAACGACUGCCAGCGCUACUGGAGAUGCGUGAACGGCGUGCCUCAGGUUGCCUACUGCACGGACGGACUCUUCUUCAACGAGAGGACUCAGCAGUGCGACUUCGAAGCCAACGUCCAAUGCCAUGUAGAAGCAGAGGUGGACGAACUCAAAGAAGAAUUCAUCGUUUAUAAGUAAACUGGAAGUUAUUAUGGGAACUUUUUAUAUAUAGAUAUCAAUAAAGUGCUU